CCUUGCCAUAGAAACUUAUGAAAAGAUUGCACAGGGGAUGCAGCAAAAGGGCAUAAUAGGGACCAGCAGCAGCACCAUAUGAAAGCGAAGGAACUUGGCCAGGCAUAUCACAAGGCCAGGGAGGCCAACAAUCGAUCUGGCGCUGAGCCACACACCUGCUGCUUUUACAACGAGCUGCAUGCCAUAGUUGGCGGAGACCCUACAGACCACCAUGGAUACCUCCUGAGGAGCCAGAGCCACAGAUCCCUACUGUGAAGAGGAAGAGCAGGGAGACGAGACUCCAACAAUGCCACAAGCCAGGACCUGUUUGAGACUUCACCCCCAUCUAGCGAGUCCCAGCAGGCGAGCAUGGACGAGCCCGUGGAGGGGAAGGGACCUCCGAUGCAAGUGUCAUUCGCCUUCCCAGACCAGCCACGUUGGAUAUUGGUGAAGUGUGAUCCACCAACACUUGCAUACUCGUAGAAACGUGGAGAGCACAGGUGACCACACAGAGCUCAUCAGCGCAGGCAACCGUGAUAGAGGCCCAGGAUCGCAAAAGAGCUCCAGCAUGGACCGAACGGGAGGUACGGGAUCUGCUCACCAUAUGGGGAGAUGAAUCAGUGCUAGCUGAACUCCGUAGCAGUAAAAGAAAUGGCAAAAUAUUAGAAAAGGUCUCCAAGGCCAUGAAGGACAGAGGCCAUAACAGGGACGCACAGCAGUGCCGCGUGAAAAUUAAGGAGCUACGGCAAGCCUACCACAAAGCCAGAGAAGCAAACGGAAGGUCCGGUGCAGAGCCGCAAACUUGCCGCUUCUACGCGGAGCUGCGUGCCAUUCUAGGGGGUGUAGCCACCACUACCCCAACAGUGUGCUAUGACUCAGUCACUGGAGAAACACACAGGGAAGAGGGUUCGGGGUAUGAGGAAGAAGAGGAUGGAGGUAAUGUAGAUAGCUCACAGCAGCAAGGAAGCGGAGAAACCGGUUUCCCCAACAGCCAGGAUAUGUUUGUCACCCUGGACCUGGAACCAAUAACCCCCGAACUCACCCAAGACCCUGAGGGCACACGGGGACCUCUGAGGCUAGUGAAGAUUAUAAAGAGAAAACGGAGGACGCGGGACGAUAUGUUCACGGAGCUCCAGAUGUCCUCCCACGCUGAAAGAGCACAGCAGAAUGUGUGGAGGCAGUCAACGUCCGACUUCAGAAAAGCACAAUAUGAACGAGAGGAGAGGUGGCGGGCUGAAUUGCAGGAUGAACAGAGCAAGUUGCGGGCUGAAGAUGAUAGUGGUGUCAGCUUGCAGACAGAAGGCAAGAGUCGUCGAUGCUCCGGCUGCUGGAGCAUCAAACUGAUAUGCUCCAGUGUAUGGUUGAGCUGCAGGAAAGGCAGCAGGAGCAGAGACCGCUGCUACAGCCCCUGUGUAACCAACAGCCCUCCUCCCCAAGUUCCAUAGCGUCCUCACACAGACGCCCAAGAACACGGUGGGGGGGGCCUCCGGCCACCCAGUCACUCCACCCCAGAUGAUUGCCCGAGCUUCAGAAGGCUGGCCUUCAGUAAGAGUUAAAGUUUUAAACUGCAGUGUGUCCUUUUCCUUCCCUCCUCCCCCACCCAUCCUGGGCUACCUUGGCAAUU